AUGUUCGUCGCUCUGGCGGUGGUCUGCGACGAGUUCUUCGUCCCGGCGUUGGAGGUGAUCAUCGAGAAGUUGGCGAUCUCGGAGAACGUGGCGGGGGCGACGUUCAUGGCGGCGGGGGGGUCGGCACCGGAACUCUUCACGAGCGUCAUCGGGGUGUUCGUGUCGUUCGACGACGUCGGCAUCGGGACGAUCGUGGGCUCGGCCGUCUUUAACAUCCUUUUCGUGAUCGGGAUGUGUGCGCUGUUCUCGAGGUCGAUCUUGCAUCUCACCUGGUAUCCCCUGGUCCGGGACUGCAGCUUCUACUCCCUCAGCCUCAUCAUCCUCAUCCUCUGCUUCCUCAACAGCCAGGUCCAGUGGUACGAGGCCCUGAGCCUCCUCCUCGUCUACGCUGCUUACGUUGGGUACAUGAAGUUCGACGAGCGGGUAGAGACCUGGGCCAAGAGGAAGUUCGGGAGGAAGAUGGACUCACGGGUCCAGAGCACGGAUCAGCUCGUCAAUGCGAGGAAGGGGAGCACGAUGACGACGGCGGGGAGUCCGGGUCGGAGGGCCACCACGGGAAAUAUCGGCAUCCAUGGGCAGAACAGCAAGUUUCGACAGGGUCUCCUUCAACUCAUGAUACAUUCCAUCGAUCCCAUGCACGAAGGAAAACUCGACGACAAGGCGACCCAGAUGAGAGCCAUCGCCUCCCUCCGAGCCAUCCUCGAGGCGACGAAAGCCAAGGAGACCGAGAAUGACAAGGACAAGGGCGAGUCCUCGAAGACGGAGAACGGAGACCUGACCGUGAAGACCGUCGAACCCAUGGGAUCCACCCUGAGCUCCGGCUUCCAGAGCGCCAACACCAGCCACAACAGCGGCUCCUCUCAGCACAUCCAACGCCGCCAGCUCCAAUCGAACCCGACCCCCAUCGGCACCGUGAACGACCCAUCCUCCUCCGGGGCCGGGAUCCCCCCGGUCCCCUCGCCGCUGCCGAACAGCAAUUCCGCCGAGGAUCCCACCAUUCUCACCGCGGAACAGGUGAAACGGGUCGAGGUACGGGAAAGGAAAAGAGCCUACGGCCCCGUCGGCGAAGACGACGACAACGACGACGACAAGGACAAUCGGUCCAGGAAAAUCGAUCGAGGCGACGCCCUCAAUUCGAAAUCCGAACCUCAAGUGCGUUUUUGUGCCAUCUUCGUGUUGCACCCGUCUCAUAUUCGGAGUAUGGGGGGUGGAAGGGCGAAGACGAGUGGCAAAGGACGAGGACGACGAGGAGCAUUGGACAAGGGCAAGGACACAGGGGCAAGGGACAAGGGCAAGGACACAGGGGAGGAAAAUCGAAAAGGAGGGUUGUGGACGGUCAUAGGACCCAACGGUGAGGUGGAGGGUGCCUUCAUGACUUAUCGCGGUCGUCAAACCAUCUGUUCCAUCUCACUAUGA